AUGGCGGCUCUCGCACAGCUCACAUUCCCUCGCCUUCGUACUUGCUGCUCCACUGCGUCUCAGGCCCGCUCUGCGUCGGGGGACAACAGGGGGAAGACGCCUCCUGGCCGCCGGAAGCCGUCUCGUGGGGUGAAGGCUGAACCCCGCAUCGUCUCCGACCAUCCCCCGGAGGCUCCCUCCCACCGAUUAUCCUCAGCAGGUGGAGGCGAGGCCACAACCUACACCCGCCUUCCCCCGAAGGAUGAUUUCCUGCUGCCGAGUUUCGCCAAUCCUGCCCGAAUGGAGGUUACUAGCGAGAUCAGGCUCAGUGACUUGGCUACAGCCGCUCCCUUAGUCGGCGAGGAAAUUUUUUCGGAGAGGUGGGCGGGUGAUGAGACCGGGGACGAGGAAGAGGAGGAGGAUUUCGAAGAAAAUAUAUUCCAAGGAUUGGCGCAGUUGGAAUUUGGGGGCGACGAGAGGGAAUUGCUGGCAUCUAUUGGGCGCGACGAGGAAUUGGAUGUUUUCGAAGGGGAAGGGGAAGGGGAAGGGGAAGGUGAAGAGAAGGAGAAGGGUAUCCCCGCGGUGAUGAGGUGCUUCGACCGGGCGAAGAUUUAUGUAAAGGCGGGAGACGGUGGAAAUGGCGUCGUGGCAUUUCGAAGGGAGAAGUUUGUGCCGUAUGGUGGUCCUUCAGGUGGUGACGGGGGAAGAGGAGGCAAUGUGUACAUAGAGGUCGACGGCUCCAUGAAUUCUUUGCUUCCAUUCCGGAAGAACGUGCACUUCAGGGCGGGCAGAGGAGCUCAUGGUCAGGGGAGAAAGCAGGCUGGAGCGAAGGGUGAGGAUAUGGUGGUGAUGGUGGCACCGGGAACGGUGAUAAGAGAGUCCAGGAAAGGUGGGAUAGAAGGUGAAGUCCUGCUAGAAUUGAUGCACCCGGGACAGCGGGCUCUUCUCUUGCCUGGAGGACGAGGUGGAAGAGGAAAUGCUUCUUUCAAAACAGGGACCCAAAGAGUGCCAAAAAUCGCAGAGAAUGGAGAAGAAGGCGCUGAAAUGUAAGUGAGUCAGACCAAUUAUCUAUCUCAUUAAAUUGCAGACAAUAUUUAUGCUCAUUGUAAUCCAGAAUAUUACUCUUUCGUUUCAACUGUCGAUAGUUGUGUUUGCUGGACUUAUAUGGCUUCUAUCAAUAGAUAAUUUUAUGGUUGCCUAAGCAAACAAUACUGUUUCAAUGGAUCCAAACUAAUUUUGGGAGACCGCAAAAGUUUGUUCAAUUUCUUCUGUGAAAUUCAAUUUAAUUGCCAGGUUUCCGCAAAAGGACAUUUUAGAGAAAAAAAACGCUUCUGGGGUUUGAUACUUUUGGUGUGAGCUUAACGAAGCCUAUUUUUUCUAGAUGUCAACGAUAACCAUGGCCGCUGCCUAUGAGGACAGACUGAGAGAGUCUACUCAUCCUGAAAGAUCUAGGGUCUCCUUUCUGUCAAGUUUUGUUAUUUGACGCAAAAUAUGUACAUUAGAAAGCUCUUCUUAUCUCUUGUCAAGAAGCUUUUCAGAAAUUUUUGAGGAUAUGGGAUUUUUUUCCUGAUGUUUGUUCUCUCUUCAACUAGCACAUGUUUGAUAGAUUUUUAGUUUGACUAGAAGUAGGAUUAUGAUAUUAUCACCAUUGAAGUUUAGGUUUUUGUUUUAGUUUGAUCAGGAGAACAAAAUUUGGUGACAUCUUGUUCUAUUAGCAUGAUGAACUGAGCGUGAUAAGGCCAAGAGAUUAAAGAGAAAACAAAAGUCAAAUGCUAUCUACCUCUGGUAAAAAGGGAAAAUCCUUUGCUCCAACACCAGAUCAUGAUCCACUCCGGAUUGAAGAAAACAAGCAGCCUGCGACCAUGGUAAAUGAAGACGUUGAUGCAUCUUACUCAGCUUUAGGGACCGAGGAGGCUAUUUGACCCCUCCCCAAUCCCCAUGAUCUCGGAAUGUGGAAUAUUUUAGGGAACAGAUGUUUUACCUGCCUUGCAAAAGGGGCUUGAGUUUUGGGUUAUUCCAGGUUGGUAAAUCACUUUAGAAAAUUUCAUAUCAUAAAAGACAGGGCACUCUCCCUAUUAAAAUCAACAUCCUGCUACCCCUUCUAUUGUCCGAAAUAAAUCUAGCUGAUUUUAUGUCUUGAUUUUGUGUUAUCGCAAGGAGAAGAGAUACUUUUGUGAAUCUAUUGGGUUUUAUGUUCUUUCUAUUUUAGUUAAGAAAACAGUUUAUUUCAACCGAUCAUUUUUUUUCAUCAGGUGGCUGGAUUUGGAGUUAAAGUUGGUUGCUGACGUAGGAAUAGUGGGUGCACCAAAUGCUGGGAAAAGCACUCUUCUGAGCGCAAUAAGUGCUGCUCAGCCAACCAUAGCAAACUACCCCUUCACAACAUUACUACCAAAUCUGGGGGUAGUUUCAUUGGACUAUGAUGCAACCAUGGUUGUAGCAGACUUGCCAGGAUUGCUUGAAGGUGCACAUCGGGGUUUUGGUUUAGGUCAUGAGUUUCUGCGUCACACUGAAAGAUGCUCAGUAUUGGUUUGUAGAUCUUUACCUCAUACUCUUUCUCCACUAUCUUUUCAUUUAAAAGGAUUCUUCUAUCUUGUGUAAGAAUUCGAUUUAAAUAUGAACUCUUUCUAGAUGAAAACUAACUCGUCCUUCCUUAGGGAGGCGAUUAGUUACGACAAAUACACAUGAAGAUCAUUUGCGAGCAGUAAAUCUGAAUAAAUUGGAACCAGAGUCUGUCCUAGACGUACAUAUGAACUUUGUUUUUUUCUUUUCUGGAAGAGGAAAAGAAAAAUCUUUGGGAAAAUUUAUACUCAGCUUCAUAAAGUCCCAUGAACAUCAAUGUUUAGUUCGUUAUCUGUUCACCCUUUGUGACGGCCAAAGGAAUACGUCUCAUUUUGCUUAGAUCAGUGCAAAAGACAUGACAGUGGAGAGAUUCAUGAUUGUCUGGUUGAGCUUAUGUUUAUUACAAUGAGGAUUAGUUAUGAUUAAACAAUAACUGGAGGACCAGACCACAACUCCCCCCCCCCCCAAAGUCAAUUUCUUUCCCGCUCAACCAGUGGAGUGGCAGGGGAGAGUGGUCAGUGACUAGUAGCAGAGACAAUGACACUGAUCGAUAAUCUUCGUCUUAGGGUUUAUAUAACCAUAGAUGUGUUGGGGACCUCUUUCAGACGUCCUGUGCGAGGUUAGCUACUCCAGGAAUGUUGGCACAUGUUUCUUAGCUAUUUUCAAGCAACUUUUCCAAAGAUUCAGACCACAUCCUCGUAUUAUUGUUAUCACUAGAUAAUCUAUUUAAUAUUCGUGUUCACAUGUGUUUUUUGCAUUUGUUGCGUGAUUACUAUCUGUGGUAGCCAUCUGAUUUUGUUGAAUGAAGCCUUAAGAAUUUAUCUAAAAGUCGUACUGUUCUUGUUCUUUAGAACUGAUUUUAAAAAUAAAAAUAAAAUCUUUAAGGCGUAAGUGAUUUUCAGAUCCUAUUCUGCUAAAAAGUAUUAAUAAACGGUGUUUUUUGAUGGUUAGGUUCAUGUGGUUGACGGUUCCGGCGAACAGCCCUUGUACGAGUUCGAUGCAGUUCGUUUGGAGAUUGAGCUAUUCAGCCCAGAGCUCGCAGAGAAACCAUACCUAGUCGCAUUCAACAAGAUGGACCUUCCUGAAGCAUACGACCAGUGGGAUUCAUUCAAGCAAUGCUUGGAAGACCGCGGCAUCAAUCCUUUUUGCAUCAGCGCAGCCAACAGGCACGGAACUCAGGAUGUUGUUUCCUCCAUGUAUCAACUUCUUCAGAGCGAGUGGAAUGCAGAGAAGGAAGCCCAAGGUCAUCUCCUCACACCUCUCAUGGAAGUCAAAACGCUAUCUCCUUUCCUUGGUCAAACUUAGGAUAUUGUUUCAGGGAUUUGUGCCUGUUGCAGCAACUGGGUUGGCCUGAUUUAUUUGUCUGACUUAUUCUUGUAUAAGUCAUCAUGGAAAACACCCAUUUGUGUUUCGUGAUUCUUCCUGCUAAUCGGUUUCAUAAUCGCCCCGUUGACUUUCCCGACAUGAAUGCCCUCUUUGCCACUUGCAGACUGGACGGCUCCUCUGAAUUUGAACCAUGUGGCGGAGACGAUUCAGAAACAGCGGAGCGCUUCGAUGAGCGAGUUCGACAUCUACCGCGACAACAAUUCUAGCACUUGGUUCGUUGUUGGAGCAGGAAUUCAACGCUUUGUCCAGAUGACUAACUGGCAGUAAGUUCUUGAUUUUCUCCUGAGAGUCAGCAAUCCCGUCUUCUUCACCUAUUUCGCAGGGCACAGUUCAUCACUUUCUUACAGACCCAGUUCUUUCCUUUAUUCGCAAAAUUUUCGCCUUUUGUAGCUUUUGUUUCAUCACAUGACUCAGUCCGAGUGAACCCCAUCGAGUAUGGUAAAAAGUCUCUCUCUCUCUCUCUCUCUCUCUCUCUCUCUCGCUCUCUUCCCUUUCUCUCUCUUGCCUCGUAUGAAACUUGCCCCCUCGGCCCCCAAUAGAAACCCAAUCUCUCUCUCUCUCUCUCUCUCGGUUUAAUUUUUGGUCAUUUCAACAACAAUAACAACAUCAGCUAUUCCUAUUAUGGUAAAAUGUAUUGCUAACCGUCCUGUCUGGCUGUUACCUGGUAAGCACAUCAGCUUCUCUCUCUCUCUCUCUCUCUCUCUCUAAGAAAAUGUUUUCUCUUGGUCGCAGCAUCAUCUUCUGAAUCAGAGUGAACCGUCGGCUUAGUUUCAGCAUUUCUCAUGAAAUCCCUUCCUGUACCAGGUACUCGGAGUCUCUACGAAGAUUUCAGCACGCUCUGGAGGCAUGCGGGGUGAACAAAACCCUCAUAAAGAAAGGGGUGAAAGAGGGCGACACCGUGGUCGUCGGCGAGGUGGACGCUCUUCCUCGUAUCCCCUCCUCGUCGUUGACUUAGACAUAUUAUUCAUGGAGAUAAUAUCUUAUCUUAUCCUUGGGCUCUCGAAUGUGAUGAACUAUUUUAUAUGCUCCUCCUCAGAUGGAGAUGAUCUGGCACGACUCUCCUAAGGCGUUCGGUCUCUCCAAGCAAAAGAAGACGGUGGCUGAGGAAUGA